AAUACCGGUUUUUUAUCCGUUCCGGUACCGGUCUAGGACUGGACCGGUACGGCAUUCCAUGGUUGGAUCCCUAUGCUGCAGCAAAAGUCCGAACCUUUUGGGCAAUGAUGACAGCAUCCUUACUCAUUCCGGUGAUAGCCUUCAAAUAAACUAUUACAACUCAUGGUCAUCUCAUCUUAUAGGGGCUAGAUUCGUGAUUUUCUGUGGAAAUUGUCUUCGAUAAAUCCUAACCAUUGAUGUCUCUUUAGCAAGCAUAUUUGAUUGGUGGAACAGCAUGCUCAAGUCGAAAAACUGUUCGAUUGCAGUAUUUCUUGAAGUUUGUAAGUAUAUUUUGAUUUAUUUGCCAACAAUUUAUCAGAGUAUUACUUUUAUUGCUUAAGGCUGUGAUUUCUUGAAUCAGAUUAACUUUUUGGUCUGUUAUUGACGUUGAACAAGCAUCAAUAGUGCUGGACACCAAUUUUUAGACUAGUAUACUAGAUUAAAUUAUCCAUUUGUUGCUGACCUGUUCUGACCAGAUCUUGAUUUGAAAGCAUUGGUAGGUUGUGAGUUGAGAGGGUACCCUCUGAGUCAUAUUCGGAUUUGCAGUAAACCUUAUUUAUUUAUUGCAGUAGACCUGUUUAUCUAAUGCCGCAGAUUAUGUUAACUUUUCAUGUAAGACAUAAGGUUCAAAAUGGUACUUAUAAUGGUUCCAAGAAUUAGGAGCAUGGGCGGGCAUACAAUGUGAUGGAUAAUCGCCUUCUCAAAGAGCUGGUUCUUAUAUGUUGGUAAACAAGGCUCAGCCUUCCACCUCUCCUUUCUCCUAGCUUUCUACUUGAGAGAGGAGGUGAGCAUCUAUAGUGAUUUCUCAGUUACCUUUCAAGCAUUGUUCCUUCUCCUUUUCUUCUUCGCUUUUUUGUGUACGGAUUUAUUUUUGUAUGAAUAUUCAUGCAACAAGGGUGACUUCUAAAAAUUGUUCUUCUCUUCUUUGCAUGCCAUCUUCUCUAGCAAUAGGCGAGACAUAUGUGGAAGGUCUGCUACAUUGCUGGCACCUGAGCUGCAUUCAUUCUUCUCUAGCAAUAGGCGAGGAACUUCUGGAAGUGGAUUUGGAGGCUCAUGAUAGUUUCAAGAUAAAGAUGGUAUCGAUAAAGGCGAGGCAUUUUUGGAAGGUCUACUACACUGCUGACAACCAAUCUGCAUUCAUUAAUUCAUAUGAUUUGGAGGCUGAUGAUAGUUUCGAGAUAAAGAUGGUAUCAAUAAAGGAAGCUUCGGUCUCGCAAAUGCUUGAUCAUGGUUCUAUAUCCUUUGGAAGAUUUGCAGCUGAGUCAUUGUCAUGGGAGAAAAGGUCAGUGUUUACUCACGACAGACGCCAGGAGGAACUGGACAAGUUUAGUGGCUUAGUUGCCGAAAAGAAAGCAUACUUUGAAGAAUACUACAGAAGGCUUCGAGCUUUAAAGGCCUUGGAACAGAACCAGCAAACUGAGCUCACAUUGGAUUAUGGUGGUGAUGGUAGUAAUUCUAGCCAAACUGGAGAAGAUGAUGAAACAGCUCUGCAGCAUGGAAGUCUUAGAGAUGGGGCAGCAGAAACUAUUGAUGCCCCUUCUACAGAAACUGAAAAUGAACUAAACUUCAAGCAGGAUACGAAGUGCAGUCAAGCUCUUCAAACUAGACCGCUGUAUCCAGGAUCCACAACAUCAAAUAUAGACUCGCUGAGAAGAAGCAUGGAAAAAAUUAAGCCAGAGAAAAACUUUAACCAUGCUGUGAUGCAAGACCUGGACAGAGAAUCCUUGUCGUCAUUAAGUAGAAGCAUAGAAGAGAUUGAACAGAAUGAUAUCAGUAGUGUUGAUGACAGAGAGAUUCUGAGGGAACAGGAGAGUCCAGGGUCUAAUGUUGAAUCUGGGCCUCCUACCAACAGGUCUGUGUCAGACGUGACAAAUUCUAGAACCGGAGUCUCACAGCAUGCACCUGGUCACAACUUGAUACCAUACAAAACCAAACUGGCUGUUGAGAAACCUCCAGACUGUAAAUCAGUUCCUGAAGUGAAGAAGUGACCAAAUGAAAUCAAGACUGGGAAAGGAACUGGAAAUGUUUGUUUCGCUAUGCUGCAGCAAAUCCAACUUCCCAGUCAGAUAUGAUGUCCAAAUUUGUUUUAAAAAUACGGCGUGCUAGGGACAUACUUGGGCAAUAGCUCAUUUAGGAGGAAAAUCUUGACCACCAUGGGUCACCCAGUCCACAAAAUUGAUUCAGAUAGGAUUUUGGGUGCAGUAGUUCGUGCACAUUUUCUAAAUGCAAUAUCUCCUUUUCCACCAUUCAGCUCAGAGCUAAAGCAGAGCCGGCUUGUUACUGACCGUCUCCACAGAAUCCCAGCAUGAUUUAUUGAUCAGAAAUUGUUUCUUCCUUUCAUCCCUUUAACCUUCCAAUCAGAUAUAACUUAUUUUUAUAUUAGUUAUCUAACCAAGGGUAUAUAUCAUGGCCAUCACCCACAAUUCAGAGAAGCAUAAAAAAAGAGAAGUUGAUGUACUCCAUACGGUGGAUUUUGAUAUGCCAAAUAUUACCUAUUCUUCAGUUUAUUCUUAAUAGUAAAUACAGACUUACUGUAUAUGCUAAGUAUUGUUUGUUCCUACUAGCGUACUGAAUAUAUUCAGUCAAGAGAAUAGUGUAAGCCUAAUUCUGUUA